GUCGAGUGUGGUUUACUGUUGCUUUACUAUUCCCAACUUUUCGAGGUAUCUGGGAACAUCUCCCCGUUUAACCAUUAAUUGCAGACACACAUGAUAUAUACAUUCUGUGGUUUUAACACAAUAAUGUUCAACUCAGAUUUAGCUUUGCAGAGUCAAAAGACCCAAAUGGAUUUUGGUUUUGAGGACCUACCAUCAAAUUUUCAGUACACUCCCAAGAAAGGGUGUGAAGUCUCACGGAUGACAGAAGACACAGACUGUGAUUCAUCAAGGGGGGAAUCUUCAAGUGUGAGCGUGACUGAGAUUCAAGAGCACCAUAGCAGCUCAAGGACAGAUGAUAUCAGCAGAAAGGCACAGGAAUUGGUGGAAAAGAUUAACCAAAGCCGCAUCAGUAACCAGAAAAUGAUAGACAGCUUUCAGGAGACGUUGGUAGAAAAGGUGACAGAUUUGUGCAUGCAGAUGAAGGAGCACAUGUACAGGGUCUUUGAAGAGAACAGUGACAGGAUGCAGGUGAAUCUGCAGGAGCUGCAGGAGGUGCUGGACAGCUGCACAAAGUUCAGUCAUGAGCUGCUGGAAGCCAACAGAGCCCUGGCAUGUCUCCGUGAAGGAGACAUGCCAUGAGAUUAUAAUUUCUAUCUGAAGUUAAUCGUAUUGUGAACUCAUUAAGUUAUUCAGUAUUAGUAAAUAUAUUCAGUGUAAUGUUCAGUGUUUUGCUUCCUCUUUCUUUUGGUUGCUUAUAGGACAAUAGUUCUACUUAACAUUGAUGGCUUCAGUCCAAGAUAAGAAAAGUUGAAUACUGUUUUCUCUCUCUUUUGUUUUAACAUAAGUUGAUUUAGUAAAUAAAAUGACAACAAACAAGCAAAAUAUUCUAAAUUACUUGUGAUUUACCAUUUAUGUAUUGUUAUAAACU